GCCUGUGCGCUACCAUUUGCUGAGCCAGUGAGCGUUUAGAGGGGGCGAGCCCUUUCUCGGGGGCGUGGCCUCCUAGCCAGCGGCCGGGCUCAGAUCCAGCGGCCAAUGCCUCUGGCCCCACAGAGGCACCUACAGAAAACUGAAGGCUUGACACAUCCCGAGGAGCAGAACCCAUGGACACCUUCAGCACGAAGAGCCUGGCCCUGCAGGCCCAGAAGAAAGUCCUCAGCAAGAUGGCUUCCAAGGCCAUGGUGGCUGUGUUUGUGGACAAUACCAGCAGUGAGGUCUUGGAUGAACUGUACCAGGCCACGAAGGAGUUCACGCGCAGCCGGAAGGAGGCACAGAGGGUAGUGAAGAACCUGGUGAAGGUGGCUGUGAAGCUGGCUGUGUUGCUGAGGGCGGACCAGCUGGACAGCAAUGAGCUGGCCCAGCUGCAGCGGUUCCGGGGCCGCGUCCGCAGCCUGGCCAUGACAGCCCUCAGCUUCCACCAGGUAGACUUCACCUUUGACCGGCGUGUGCUGGCCACUGGGCUGCUGGAGUGCAGGGACCUGUUGCACCAGGCUAUUGGCCCGCACCUCACUGCCAAGUCCCACGGCCGCAUCAAUCACAUCUUCAGUCACUUUGCCAAUGGUGACUUCCUGGCCGCGCUGUACAGCCCAGCAGAGCCCUACCGGAGCCAUCUGUGCCGCAUCUGUGAUGGCCUCGGGAGGAUGUUGGACGAGGGUGGCAUCUGACCUGGAGUCAGCCACCUGGAGACUAUCCUCCACUGGUGACGGUCCCCAAGAACUCAGAACUGCCUGUGCCUGGGGUAGUCUCUCCUCUGUUUCUCCUGCUGUAACUUAUCUGCUUUUGUCUAGCUUCUGCUUCGUCUCCUGACCUCCUCUUCUUACUUCUGAGACAGGUCUCAUGUAGCCCAGGCUGACCCCAAACACCCUAUGUAGCAAAGGCUGACCUUGACCUCCUGAGCCUCCUGCCCCCACCACCGAGAGUGCUGGAUGAUAGGUGUGUGCCAACGCCCCACUGUCUGGACAUUCUCAGUCUUUCAAAUAAGGUUGUGGAGAAUUGGGAGACAAGAAUUGUACUCCCCUGACCCUUACCCCUGCCAAAUGACUAUGUUUGUUUCCUAAGCCUCAGGUCGUCCCAAGGUGACUUGCUUUAGAAAAUGGAGUUCAAACUCUUGUUGUACCAGACUAGAGUUGAACAAGUACUGGACUGCUACAACAGGUCCUUAUGUAUAGAUUGGCCCAGGAAGGCUCACUCUGCCAAUGCUGCAGGACACUGGACACUGAGGAGUGAUGCUACUGCAAACCAAGAACACCAGCAGACAGAUGCUGUGCGGCAGAUCGUGGCUUCUCUCAAUGGUUUUGAAAGGAGAGACUCCAAGCACACUUCGGUGUUGGGAUCUGAGGUCCUGUUAGGGGACUGGACCCUCGCAUUGAAGAGAAGAAAUAAAUAGAGCCGGUGAGAUGGCUCAGCAUGUAAGAAUGCUUGUCACCAAACUUGUCUGGAGUUUACCAAAAUCUGUGUGGUGGAUGGAGUCUUAGAAAGCUGGCCUCUGACCUCCAUGUGGAUGUGCCCACACAGAACCACACCGCGGCUUCCGGUGCUUGGAAACAUGGCAGGGCCCUGACCACUCAGCAAGGAGGCGCUAAUCAGGCAGAAAUGUGGGGUCUUCACUGAGUGAUAGUACAGGACUUGCUGUGAAACAUGGGGACCCCAGAGGCUGUCCCCAGCUUCGGACCAGGGUAAAGCCACUGGAGACACGAGCAUGUGUUACAUUAUAAUUCCAUAUUUGGGAAACAAAUCCAUCUUUUCUCUUUGAAUGGUACCGAGUUGGUAACUGACACUGACCACGCAUGUGAAAGCCUGCAGCCUCUACUAUCUGAGUGUGCCUGUGGUCAUGUGAGACACCGUUAACUGGCUUAACCCAACUGGUACUUAGAUCUUUUAUCCUUGGAAAGCAGACUUCAGCUACACAUGUGUCUAGCUGAGGUGUGGGUUAGUUGUCUAGAAUCCUCCAGCGAGGGUUCGGGGGGCAUGGUCAGGGGUGGAGCCCAGCCUAGAAUCCUCCAGUGAGGGACUGGGGGCGUGGCCAGUGAUAGAUGUACCUAGAAUCCCCAGGUCAGAAGCUUGGCUCAGGGGUAGCAUGCAUGUCAUGGGGUCGACCCCUGAGAUCUGUGAAGAUCGAGUCUGUGGAGGGGCUGGCACAGCUGUGGAGGGGCUGGCACAGCGGUUACGCAGUGCUGCCGAUGGAAAGGCUAUCUGGGGCAUUGGGAGAGGACACAAAAUGUGCAGAGCUGAGUGUAUUUAAGGCAAUGUGUACAACCUGGAGCCUGUGGUGACGGGUGGGAGUCACUGCCUCAAUGUUUCAGUGUAUGCAGACAGAUGCAAGUACAAAGAAGAGUCUGUCAAUAGCUACAGCCCUGGCUGUCCUGGAACUCACUCUGCAGACUAGGUUAAUCUGGAACUCAUAGAGAUCCUCCUGCCUCUGACCCCAAGUGCUAGGAUUAAAGGUGUGCACCACCACUGCCCAAUUUAGACUCCCCCCCCCUUUUUUUUUUGUUUGUUUUUCGAGACAGGGUUUCUUUGUAUAGCCCUGGCUGUCCUGGAACUCACUUUGUAGACCAGGCUGGCCUCAAACUCAGAAAUCCGCCUGCCUCUGCCUCCUGAGUGCUGGGAUCAAUGGCGUGCGCCACUACACCCGGCUGACUCCCCUUUUUUUUAAGACAAUAUUUUGCCCUGUAACCCAGGAUGGCCUGGAAUUAGUGAUUUUUCUGCCCCAGCAUGGCUAGGGCUGGCUAGGAUUCCAGCAUGAGCCCCACAGUGCUCUGCUGCAGUCAUGGCUCCAGCAGCUUCCCUGUGACUUCAGCUGAUGAUGAGGGCUCAGGUCCCUGAAGCCUUUCUCACUAUUCCAGUGCCACAGGGAUUUUCUCACUUUUAAGCCUAAGGCAGGGUCUUGAAACUGGAACACCAGCAUACAUGCAGCUGUCCCUUGUGCUGACCAAAUGGACCAAUAAGGGGAGCAGUCUGAGUUUUGUGAGGCUGUCUUCACAAGGGUGAGAUGAACGUCAGAAUGCACCAGGAACAUGCUUAAUAUUUUGUGUCACUGGGCCUCUUGAAUGCUACAGAGGCUCUGGCACCAAGCUAACCCACUCCCAGCCCUGUUUGCUUUUUAUUUAGCUUUCGAUACCCAGGGUGGCUGGACUCGGCUGUUUGGAUGCUCAGGGGUCACAGGUCUAUGCUUCUGGUCUUGACUUGGAUGUGGGACGGCUGAGAUGGAACAGAAGAGAAAGGAGAGCAGCUUGCCUCAGGUGUGUUGUCACAGCAACAGAAAGUGGACCAGUACUGGUGACUAGGAUGCUGUGAACCAAACUGGCUGGAACAACCUCAACACAGAGUCCAUCCCACAAGCAGCUUGAAUUUAGCCUGCAGCCCUUUCUCGAGACAGUUUCUGAUCUGCAGUGCACAGGCACGAGGACCCUCCUCCACAGAGAUCUCUCCAAAUGGCUCUUGCUGGGUAAUGGCGUACCCCCCACUGCUGGGACCCACCUUCACCUACCUGCUGUCUUGGUCACUUCAAACUCCUCACUUUUCAGGGGGACAUCACUCUCUCUCUCAAAUGCGGCUUUGGACUAAAAUAAAACAGAACACUUGAGCAGACACACGUCAUGGAGAGAGAAGUCCCCUCGGGUCCCCUCAGUUUUGUCUCCUGGGCACUGUGGCCUAAAGUCAGGCAUGCUUGCUAGGGCGGGUGUGGUAUUCCCAGGGAGUAGUCCCAGCAGAGCCCAAGCAGUGGGUCAGAUCACAGGUGAUGGACAGCCUCAGUCUGUCACCUUGGUUCCCAGAAACACACUUGGUGAGGCUGCUGAGGGCACUGGUACUGUGAGGAAGAGCCUAUCAUUGACUGCCUGAGGGACAGGAGCUGACCGAGGCCACCCUGGCUCCUCCAGCCACUCUGCAGGAACCACCCACAUAGUGGGCCUCCCGCUGAUCCCCUCAACUUGGGUGGGAGCCCUAGGGGUCAACAGGGUGGCUGAGUGACACGGGGCCCUGUCCCCUGCAGUGAAUGGUAUCUGGGGCCUUGCAGGUCCCUUUGUCCUCGGGUCCCCGUGACUGACACUCACGUAGGCCAUGGCAUACUCGAUCUCAGCACCUCGCAACUCAGCCUUGAACUGUGUGAAGUAGAGGUAGGAUUUCCCCUGGGGCCUGUGGAAAGACAGAGUUAGCACAGGAAUGGGGGAGGGGGAGAGGACCCAACUGAGGCCCCGGAAAGAGCCUGGUGAUGUGGGACUCCAUAGUGGUAAAUCUCCAGGAUGCCAAAGCCAGAGGUAAGAAGUAGUUCUGUGGGCGCCAGGGAUUGGGGAAGGGACGGAUGACAGCUCUGGGGUCAGGGAGUGGGAAAGGGACGGAUGACAGCUCUGGGGUCAGGGAGUGGGGAAGGGAGGGGUGACAGCUCUGGGGUCAGGGAGUGGGGAAGGGACGGAUGACAGCUCUGGGGUCAGGGAGUGGGGAAGGGACGGAUGACAGCUCUGGGGUCAGGGAGUGGGGAAGGGACGGAUGACAGCUCUGGGGUCAGGGAGUGGGGAAGGGACGGAUGACAGCUCUGGGGUCAGGGAGUGGGGAAGGGACGGGUGACAGCUCUGGGGUCAGGGAGUGGGAAAGGGACGGGUGACAGCUCUGGGGUCAGGGAGUGGGGAAGGUAGGGGUGACAGCUCUGAGGUCAGGGAGUGGGGAAGGGACGGAUGACAGCUCUGGGGUCAGGGCUAUUGCCUGCUGUAUACUUUCUUUUUUUGUUUCAAGACUGGUUUUUGAGACAGGAUCUGAGGAAGCUCAGAAUGGCCCCCAGCUAACUCUGUGGCCAGGACUGGCCUUGAGCUCCUGGUAUCCUGGCUUCUGUUUCCCCAGAACCGAACAAUAGAAUCAGCAGUGUUUUGGUGACUUCCUGUUGUGUGACCAGAUUCCCCAGCCCCCUGCCUACUCUCUGACAUCUUCCUCUCUCUUCCCUCCUCUGCCCAGUGCUGUGGUGCCAGCACACAUACUGGAGCUUCCUUGGGGUCGCAGGACCACUGCCCAGCCUACUUGUCCUGCAUGGACUGUGGUGUGUGCAUGCAAAGUAGCUGGAGAAAGAGAGAGAGGGAGAGGGAGAGGGAGAGGGAGAGAGAGAGGGAGAGAGAGAGGGAGAGAGAGAACGAGCCUCUAGCCCAGCAUGUGCACAGCAGCUCACCUCCAGAUGGUACAGGUAAAGUGCUGGCUGUCUUCACUUGUCCCCAGGCUCAUCUGCCAUUGCUGGGGAGAAAGGACAGGCUUGGUGAGCAAGGACAGGUGUUAGCAGGUCUUCAAAAGGCCGGCUACACAUGGUCCCUCCUAGGCUCUGUAUCCUACACUAGAGCCACAGACACUGCCCUGCUGGUGGAGGGCACUAUCCAGUCACUUUUUUACCUGUAAGACAUCUUGAGAACAAGUGGCAACAGUUAAGACCCUGUCUAAAUUCAGUUGGGAACUGUGGAUCAGCUACAGCACGGGGCUCUAGCUCCACUCUAGAUUCCCCAGGCCCUGCUUGCUAUCUGCCAUCUCCUCCUCCCUUCCCUCCUCCGUCCAGUGCCUUGGUGCCAACACACUCACUGACAGCUUCCUCAGGGUCGCAGGACCACCACCCAGCCUGUUUCCAAUUGUCCUGCAUGGAUCCGUGGUGUGCGCAUGCACAGUAGAGAAUGUCUGUAGUUUGCACAUGGGCAAUGGGGAAUGACUGUCACCCUAGCACCUAGCACUCAGGACACCCAGGAUUUAGUCUCAGCUACAUAAAGUGUAGGGAUCCAGCCUGGGCUAUCAAAAGCCAACAAUCCAACACAAUCAACCAAAACCAAAGCCAAAAACCAGCCAGGGCUGGAGAGACAGCCCUGUACCUAAGAGCACAGGCUGCUCUUUCAGAGGACCAGAGUUCUGUUACCUGCACCCACACAGUGGCUCCCAGCCAUCUGUAACUAGUUACAGAAAACCUGAAGUCCUUUUUCGGUCUCCACAGGCACCAGGUAUGCAGCUGGUGCAGAUAAUUAAUGCAAGUAAAAACCAUACACAUAAAAUUAAAACAUAAAAAUCAAAAACAAGAACAAAAUCCACAAAACAACUAGCCAGUUCUCACAGAGUAUUUGCGGCCCUCGCUGCCAGCCCUCACCCAGAGACGCGCCCAUCACUGCCCUUCCUGGCUUCCCAAGGGGGGCUCUCAUGGCCAGGACCUACCUGUGUCAAUUACAAGGGGACCCUGCAGCAAGCUGUGUGUAUUCUCCCCAAGGUGAAGCCCUGAGACCUAACUGCACUCAUGCCAAGGCCAGGGGCCAGCUCUGAGUGGUUCCUGCCGACGCCACAGACCUGCUAAUUCCUGGCUCUGCUGUUCCCAGAGCCUCUGCAGUCUGAAAAUAGCCCAUCUGAGAAACGCUGCUCAAGGGGGUCCACACCUUGCUUUUUCUUUAGCGACAGUCUUGUGUCCUUGAUCUCUCUGUAAAGUGGAGAAUGACCUUGAACUCCAGAUCCUCCUGCCUCAGCCACAAGAGAGCUGCCAUCCAUCCUACUUGCUACUGGGCCCUCUUAUAGCCAUUUAAUCUCUGGCACAGCCAAACCCUAAAACCUCUCACAGAAUAAAGUAGAAAAUGUCCAUCCCCUGGAUCAUUCCCAUUAAAGCACACACCGUGUGAAGUCCACAGUGCAGCCAUGACUACCUUGCAUCUAGAACAUUCCAUCAGUCCAAAAGGCAGCCCCAUGCUGAGCCUUCCCUCAAGCCUCUCUCUGGCCCAGCGCAUCCACUUUCUAUCUCAGGGCUCCUGUCCUGGAUACUUCAUGUAAUGGAAUCCCACAGCGUGACUUGUGUCUCUGUCUCUCACUGAGUAGCAUCCUUGAGGUCCCUCUAGACUUGGGUGGUGUCAGUGCCGCUCUCCUUGUAAUAGAAAUCGUCACUGUCACACUCUCCUUGAGCUCACUGGGAAACUGGUUCUGGAAGUGGGAUCUCAAGGCACUCUCUCCAUGGUCUUGGAGGGAGGGAUGGCCCAGCCUGGUAAUGGGCAGCAACGACAACUGCAGGCAUAAGCCACUCCAGGAGCUAACUACAGACUGCUGGAGAGAGGUUCGGGGAACAGGUGCUGCUCGUCCUGGACAGUUUCAUCUCAAGCUAGAGUCACAGGAGAGGAGGAGUCCUUAGUUGAGAAAACACCUCCAUAAAAUCAGACUUUCCACCAGCCUCCAGGACAUUUUCUUAAUUAGUGAUCAGCCUAGCCCACUGUUGGUGGAGCCCUCUCUGAGCUGGUGGCUCUGGGUUCUCUAAGAGAGCAGCCUAAGCAAGCCAUGAGGAGUAAGCCAGUAAGCAGCACCCUCAUGGGCCUCUGCAUCAGCUCCUGCCUCCAGGUUCCUGCCCUGCUUGAGUUCCUUCUAUGAUGCCAGUGAUAUGGAGGUGCAGCCUGAAUCCACACCCUCCACCCAGCCUGCUUCGGUUAUGGUGACUCAUCACAGCAGUACUGAGUCUAAGUAGAAUACCCAGGCUCAGUCCCCAGCACCCACAGGACAGCUCACAACCACUCAAUAACCCAAGCUCCUCUAACAUCAGAGAGCCAAACACACGCGCAUACACCCACACAUCCAACUACAUACACGUGCUUAAAAACCCUGCCUAGAGGGGAGAGGAUAGGCUGGGAGCUAGGUCCUAGGGGCUUGCCCAUGGGCUCUCCAGCUGACUGCCAUCUUGCUUCCUCAGAUGGUUUCUUCUUAUUCACUAACCAAGGAUCGGCAGAGAUGGCUCGGUGGUUAUAGCACUGGCUGCUCUUGCAGAGGACCUGACUUUGAUUCCCAGCAACCACAUGGUGGCUCACAACUGUAACUCCAGUUCCAGGAGAUCCGAUGCCCACUUUGGGCCUCUGUGGUCACUGCAUGCUGGUUUCUGCUCAUUGAGUACUUAACUGAAGAUGGUUUUGCUGUCUGUAGCCUCUCCAUUUCUUUUCCUUACUUGCUAUGUACAUAAUAAACUCAUUCAUUCGAUGCCACGAGCAGGGCUGUUAACCCUCUCCAUGCCAUACGCAACGCUCUUGUUCACGGGUGUGUGAUAUUCCAACUGUUGAGGUGCUGUGUACCCCUGCCCAUCCGUGGACACUAAGACACUUCCACUCAUUGCUCCUAUGGAAAGCUCUGCUCAGAACAUGCAUGUCCAAGGUUCUGGAUACACCAGUAUUUCCACUGAAUGAACUAACUUGUGUGUGGGACAGGCAGCUAACCUCAUAACAGUUCACCUCGAUGCCCUGGGUGCUGCUGAGGUAUCGGCCCUCUUGCCAGCUUACGGGCUGCCCUGAGGACUGUCCCAGGCUCUGGUGGCUCACUGAUUACACAUAGACUAAGAGUCAGGGAUCAGCACUGUGGGCUGCUGAUUCCAUUAGGCGGAAGCCAAGGCAACUAGAAGUCCUUCAGGCUCAAGGGACUGGGACUUUAGAGCCUCGGGAGUCUGGCCACUUUCCCUUGACACCAGUCGUGUGACACCCUGAGGAACUUACCUCGUUGGUCCCUCCUUGGGAAGCGUAGGUGAAUGUACAUGUAAACUUGUUCUGUAGAAGGAGAAAUAAAAGGAGGCUGAAGAGCAAAGAUCUCAAUACUCAGAACCAAGACCCUAGCAUACUGGGCAUGGUCCUGUAUGCACAUCAUCUCUGGUAUCCAGGAGGCUGACGCAGAACUGGGAACUGGGACAUAAGCUAGCCUGGGUGACUUAGCAAGGUGCUGUCCCGAUGUAAAACAGAUCAAAAAGGACUGAGAUAUACAUCAGCCCCUGCCCAGAAGGUCAAGGGUUGAGCCUGUCCAGAAUCCAGCAGUGAGGGGUUGGGAGGGUGACUCAGGGGUGGAGUCCCACCUAGAAUCCCCUAAUGAGGAGCUAGGGAUGUGGCUCAGGGGUGGAGCCCCUGCCUAGGGCGGGGCAGAACCCUGGCUCUGCCGAUGUGAGACUCUAGGUUCCAUCCCUCAGUACACCCUCCAGAGGCCACCAGAUCUCUCUCCUCUCAGGAGCUCAGAACUUUGCUCAAAUCACUGUGAUUUCCUAGGAAGGUCAAAUGGCCUUCAGCAAUCAUCCCUAGAACAUCACCUAUGAGGUCAGUACUCGGGGCUCCUGUUAGAUACAAGCUUGUACUGCUUCCUGCCCACAACACAAACCUGCCAGAAAGCACAGGACUAUAGUAAUGGUCUCAAGAAAUGGUCACUAGGGACACCGCUGUCCCAGAAGCCAAGCUGGGGCGGGCAGAGGCUAGGCUGACUGCUGGCUCGCUGAAAGGAGAGGUGAUGGACUCGUGUAAGGCUUGGGGGGUGCUCCCGCUCUAGUCCGGGUUCAGUGAGUAACCCACGUGCGACCUGUAUAGCCAGUCCCCUAGAUCCGCUGCUCUUAUCAACCAGUAUUCCCUUUUCUACAAUGAGAUGGGCAAGGGGAAGUCGCCUUGCAGGUAGGGAGUGACUGACAGAAGACAGACGAGGCAGCCAGGUCCCUUCUUCAGGUAACCCUGCCUCUGCCACUCCACCCGGUCUCCAGGACCACCUGAUCGGAAGUCCAUAGGCAUCGAUUCCCGGGCAGGAGGCUUAGCACGUACCCCGGGUCCUACGUCCUGGGAGAACGAAUGCACGACCCCUCCGGGCCUCACGUCAAAUGGCACGGUGGUGGGCUCGGACACAGCGGCGGCCAAUUUCAGCGCUGCGGCCGCCAGGACCACCGCAGUCCAGAAGCCUCCGCUGGGGGCUGCCAUCUUGCUUCCGGGGCAAUGCGCAGGCGCUCGCGAACGUGGAGUGACACGCGCGGGACACGUCAGCGCCGAACGGUGACAACGUCGCCCCGCCCGAUUUGGCUGCCAUGGUGGGGCGGGACUCGACUUGGCACGUGAUGCACUACAGCGCCUCUGAUUGACGCUCGCGGAUGCCUGGAGGGCGACUUCGUCUUGGCGCUUGUUUGGGUUGGAGUUUGCAGGUAACUUUUGCCUCCCCCCCGGAUAUUUUUAUAUCUCACUUAAAUGGGCUCCCGGACUCACUUCAGGACAACAUGGGGGUUGACAGUGUUUAAUUUUGUUAGAUUAUCCAUUUGUUAAUAAAUAUGGUUUAUUUCACUUU